GUUUGUGAUGCACCCACAUCCCGGAAUUGUGUAUAGGACGAUAGGUGGUAUUUUCGACAUAUACAUGUUUCUGGGACCCACUCCAGAAAAUACAGUGGAACAGUAUACCGAGCGGUCGAAAGAUUUCCCCUCCCACCGUAUUGGUCUCUUGGAUUUCAGCUCUGUCGUUUUGGAUAUGAUCACAUUGAUAACCUAAGAACCGUCGUGGAUCGGAUGAUCGCUUCCGAAAUUCCUUACGACGUACAAUAUGGCGACAUUGGCAUUAUGGAUAGACGAUUAGAUUUCACCGUCGACCCCAUUAAUUUUGCAGGGCUUGCCGAAUACGUGACGGAAUUGAGAACAAGAGGGAUUAAGUUCAUGACUAUUUUGGAUCCCGCCAUCAGUGUUGGAGAACCCGCCGGUACUUACCCAGCAUUCGAUCUUGGUCAGGAAAUGGACGUCUGGAUCAAAAAGUCGGAUGGAACCCCGAUGCGGGGUCGAGUUUGGCCUGAAGACCACGUAUAUUUUCCCGACUUCCAUAAAAAUGCCACUAGAGAGUGGUGGAUUUACUUGAUUAAACAGUUUCACGAGGAAUUGGACUUUGAUUCAUUAUGGAUUGAUAUGAAUGAACCCGGUAAUUUUGUUAACGGCGAUAUUGUGCAAGGUUGCCCCACCAAUUCUAUAAAUCAACCUCCAUACCUACCUCGAGUUCGGCAAAAUUCACUGUAUGAUCACACCCUUUGCCCUGACCACAUUGAUUCUGCCGGUAUUCACUACAACACGCACAAUCUGUACGGUUGGUCAGAGUCGGAACCCACAGCUACUGCAACUACGCAAGCCGUAGGAAAAAGGACGUUUGCCCUUUCGCGAGCCACCUUCCUUGGUUCCGGCCGUUGGGUAACGCACUGGUUAGGAGACAAUUGGAGCAGUUGGGACAAUCUGCACUUCUCCAUCAUAGGAAUGUUACAGUUCAAUCUGUUCAGGAUACCAUUUAAUGGCCCAGAUAUAUGUGGCCAUCAAUUGGAUGCUACAGCAGAACUGUGUGGAAGAUGGAUGCAGCUUGGUGCUUUUUAUCCCUUCUCAAGAAAUCAUAACGCGUAUGGAAAAUUGGACCAAGACCCGGCGGCAUUUAACGGCAGCAUCAUUGAAAUUUCGAAAACAGCAAUGUCCAUCCGUUACCACCUCCUCCCAUAUUUGUACACCCUUCUCGCCCAACAUUCCAUGAUAGGCGGCACAGUGGCACGCGCCCUUUGGGCGGAAUUUCCUACCGAUCCUGAAACAGCUGGGAUAGAUCGACAAUUCAUGUGGGGUUCCGGUCUACUUAUAACUCCUGUGCUAGAUGAAGGUGCAACCACACUACGAAUAUAUAUCCCUGAUGCCCGUUUCUUUGAUUACUUCACGGGUUGGGAAGUCCCGGUUAGGAAAGCAUGGGAUGAAUUUCCUAUUACCCCGGAAACAAUUGCUUUGGACAUCCGCGGUGGAUCUAUUCUUCCCACGCAAGGUCCUGCUGUAAAUACAAAUCUUGCCCGGCAAAAUGAGCUGGGUUUAAUUGUUGCCUUGGACGACCUGAUGGAAGCAAAAGGAAGCUUUUACUAUGACGCGGGAGACAAUUUAGAUCCGAUCGGUUCUGGAGAAUAUUUCUGGGCCGAAAUUACGCAGGAUCGAUUUGUUGUCCUAAAUUACACCGUAACCGUAAAUGGUUAUGCGGAUAUGAAUCGUCAAGUUAUGGGAAAUAUAACCGUGAAUGGUGGCCCUGCAAGGACUAAUAUCCGUGUGAAUGGUGUUGAUCACACUGAAUUUUUCAUGACACCAGAAAGUCAACUUAACAUUUACAACCUGGCUUUGGUGGCUAAUGAAGAUUUUAUUGUAGAGAUGUCAUGAAUCAUUAAGCAUACAUAAUAAAUCAUUUUAAUAAAU